AUGCCGUAUCUGUGGACAAAGCUUGAGGCGAAAGGAGACGUGAAAGUCUCCGCGCGGUCAGGGCACUCGCUGACCUCCACCGCCGCGGGCCUCGUCCUUUUUGGAGGCGUAGACGGUCGCGUCGACGACUCCAACAACCCAGUCCCGAACCACGACAUCUACCUCCUGAGUGUUUUGCGAAACUCUGCAACCUGGAAGCCGAUCGACAUUCCGCCAUCUAAGCGACCGGCGCCGCGGGCAAUGCACAGCUGUACCCCGCUCACGCAGAGUCUUCUUUUCUUCUUCGGCGGCUGCGCCUCCGCGUCUCCUUUCGUUUGCAAAAACGAUGCCUGGACGCUCGACGUCGCUUCGCAGACGUUCGCGAAAGUUAUUUGCAACCGAGAAGAUCCAGAGGACGGCCAGGCAUCGCCAGGGCGACAAAUCCCUGCUAUCUCCAGUCUGCUGCCGAAUAUCAGUUUAACGGGAGGCUCCCCCGAGCGAGAAGAAUUCUUUGGAUACAUCUCGCAGCUCGUAGCCGUCGAGGAUCUCCCGACGGAUGAUUCCGACGGCUCCGACAGGGACGAGUUCACUACGCAACCGCCUCCGCGGUGCAGCCACACAGCGAGUCUGUGGAAGUGCGACGAUGCGCAGAAAAUCGUCGUUUUCGGCGGACACGGCGGCUCACAUUAUACGCGCAAAACUUUCAACGACGUCUGGAUCCUCGACAUGACCUCGAAAACAUGGUCAGAGGUGAAGUUCACCGGCAACGCGCCUGCGCCCAGAUGCGGACACUGCGCGACAGUUAAGGACAGUCAGCUCUUCGUCUUCGGAGGAUGGAACUCCGAGACGCAGUUCAACGAUUUGUUUGCCUUCGAUCUCCUGACAAACGACUGGUCGGACAUGGACCUGCCCUGGAAGGGUCAGCCGGCGCGUUGGAACUGCGGCUUCCAGCUGGUCGAGGCGAUUCCCGACUGGAAGGUUUUCGUGUUUGGCGGCAGCGGCUCGGAGGCGGAAGACUCGCAGAGGCGCUGGGAGGGCCUCUUGAUGAACGACGUCGGCGUGCUCACACUCGGCAGCGUCAAAUGCUGGGAGAAACCCGCGCUGGAAGAAGUCAAAAAGCCCGCGCGGAAGGCCACCGCGUCGGGCGCCAGCGUCCUCGAGCGAAAAACGAGCGCCUGCGUCGGCAUCAACCUCGAGCUCGCCGCUGCGGAUACCGCCAGAGUUGCCCCCCCUGCCAGGGAGCACGCGGCAAUCGCCUACGACCCCGAAGAGUCCCUGCUUGUCCUCUUUGGAGGCUGGAAAGACGACUGGCUGGAUGACAUCUGGGCGCUGAACGUUUCCUCGGUCGUGGGACCGCCAUAUGCCAUCACAAGCAUCAGCCCGGACCUGGGUCCAGUCAGCGGCAACACGCGCGUCGCGAUUCGGGGUGCAGGCUUCACCGACGGAAGAAUCACCGUCCGCUUCCAGUCGCAAGAUCAACACGCGGACGUCGCCGCAGAGUUUGUCAGCUCGACAGAAAUCACCGCGCACACCGCGUGCGUCAAGGGCGGCAUUGGCAGCAAAGCCUGUGAAGUUCGCCUGAAGAUCGGCGGACGAGACUUCACGACGACGUGGGCGCGGUUCCAGUACUACAACAACACUGUGGCGAAGGAGUAUUUGGCCUUCGGACCGGGCCUCUUGCCUGAGGGCGCGACCUCGAGCCCGACGAUGUUCAUCAUCCAAGCGCGAAACGGCGCCGGCGAAAACCGCACCUCCGGCAGCGACGUCUUCAAAGUUCGCGUCACGCACUGGCCCAAAGACACGCCGGGCCAAUCUGUCGAGCUUCCGGUGCAAAUUUACGACCAAAACAAUGGGAAGUACAUCGUGAAGUACCACGCGAAGACGCCGGGCGACGCGAAAGUCGAGGUGGCCUUCGUGGACGAGGGGAAGGAGCCCGAGGCGCUCCGCGGCUCGCCCUUCGCAGCCUCCUUCGUCGACCGCGCACGCCCCAAGGCGAACGAGGUCGGCGGCCCGCUGCUGGCUUCGUCCAUCGGAAGAACAAUUGCAGAAAUCGAGGAUUUCCACGCGCGGACUGAGGCGGGCGUUCAGACGACAGUGAAGGCCGAAGACGUGCGGACGCUUCUGACAGUGCGCCAUCACAUCGCGCAGAUGGACAAGCAGAAAGACACGCUCCUGCUGCAGAGAGAAACGCUCCAGGCGGCGCUGAGCUGCCUCGAUGCGCAAGGCGUCAACACCGAGACAAACUCACGCGCACUAAAGAACGUGAUUACGAAACUCAACGCCCUCGAGCGCCUCGUGAAGAAGCGGGAGAAAGAGCUCCACGGCCUGUCGAAUGCCGAGUCGCUCAAGACGAAGAAACGAAUUGCAGAAUUCGAGCAGACUGUGAAGGAGCAGCAAAGCAACUUGAAGACAGACAGCUUCUACUUCUUUCAGACCGGCGUGGAGGCCGCGAGUCAACGCAUCGAAGAAGUUGAAGCGAUUGUCAACCGCCACACGGCCACAGUCUCGGAGUUGACGACUCUGGCGUCGAGCUUCGGCUUCGCACACGAGCUCGAGCCCGCGAAAGAGGCAAUUUCGGAGCUCUUCGAGGAACUGAGGAACGUGCGACUCUUCUGGGACUUCACGCAGCAGUGCCUGGAGACUUUCGAAGCCAUUCUGGCAGCCAGCUGGGGUGACGUGGAUGCGCCCAACAUCGAACAAGACGUCAAGAACCUGCAGCGCGGCCUCAAGGAUCUCAGAGUCGACAGGAAGUGCGACGCGUAUAUUGGCCUCCACGAGACUCUGAAACGGUGGCUGAUCUUCAUUCCUCUCGUGGCGGAACUCCGCGACGGAUCCAUGCGCGAGCGGCACUGGGAGGAGCUCCUCCGCAUGGUCAACGCGGAGGGAACCGAAGUCACAGACGAGAUGCCGCUGCGAAGAAUCGAACAGCUCCAGCUGUGGAACGUCCAGGGCCCCGUUGAGGAAAUCACCGACCGCGCGAAGCAAGAAGCCGUGAUGGAGCGGACGCUAAAGAUGCUGGAAAGCACUUGGAGCGAAGUGCCGUUCGACCUCGAGCAGCACAAAGGCACCGAGGUCAUCCUCCUUAACACGACGGAAGAGAAGUUCGAAAUGCUGGAGGAGCACCUCGUACAGUGUCAGAACAUGAUUACUUCGAGAUUCUUCGCGACGUUCGAGGCGGAGGUGUUGAACUGGCAGAAGACGCUCUCGAACAUUUCUGAGGUGACGCAGCUACUCCGCGAGGUGCAGCGGUCGUGGACGUUUUUGGAGAAUUUGUUCAUUUACUCGGAAGAAGUGAGGAAAGAGCUGCCUGAGCAGGCGGCGCGCUUUGUGAACAUUGACCUGGGCGUGAAGGAGAUCCUGGCGCGCGGCCAGGCGCACCCGGUUAUUCGCGACUUCUGCGCGACCGAGGGCAUCCUCAGGCACCUCGAGGCCGCCGAGAAGGAGUUGAGCCUCUGCGAAAAGGCCCUGAACGAGUUCAUGGACAGCAAACGUAUGACCUUCCCGCGCUUCUACUUUGUCUCUGCCGUCGACCUGAUCGACAUCCUCUCGAACGGCAACUCGCCAGCCAAAAUCAUGCCUCACAUGCCCAAGGUCUUCCAAGCCAUCAAAGCCUUCGAACUGAAGGGCCCCCUGGAUGACGCCCGCGAGCGGCCCGCGGCCGUCGGCUUGGAGAGCUGCGUCGGGAAGGAGACUGUCUCCUUUCCCCACGCCCUCCCACUCGCAGGCAAAGUCGAGAACUACUUGCAGGACUGCAUCGCGCAGAUGCAGAGUACGCUGCGGCACUACGUGAAGAAGUCGCUCCGCGACCGCUGGGCGAAGACCUCGAGAGAAGAAUGGAUCGUCGCCGACCCCGUCGCGCAAGUCACGCUCCUCGUCGACAUGGCCGUGUGGGUGCUGCAGACCGAGUCGGCCUUCGCGCAGAUUGACGCGGGCGAUCCGGCUGCUUUGAAGGUAGCGCUGGUACGGCACGUGGAAGAGCUGACAGCGACGAUUAAGAUGGUGCAGGGCGAGCUGACGGCGCCGAUGCGUCAGAAGCUGAUGUGUUUGAUUACGAUCAACACGCACGGCCGCGACGUUUUGGAUCGUUUGAUCCGCGAAGGGGCGAACUCGAAAGAUGCGUUUCAGUGGCAGUCGCAGCUGAAGUACUACUGGAGCGAGGCGGAGGAGACCAUCGUCAUCAGCAUCACCGACGCGUCCUUCACCUACGGCUACGAGUACCUCGGCAACGGACCUCGGCUGGUGGUGACCCCCCUCACCGACCGCAUCUACGUGACGGCGACGCAGGCGCUUCACCUUUGCAUGGGCUGCGCGCCCGCUGGCCCUGCAGGCACAGGGAAGACCGAGACGACGAAAGAUCUCGCCUCUGCGCUGGGGAAAGCCUGCUACGUGUUCAACUGCUCUGACCAGAUGGAUUACCAGUCGCUGGGGAACAUCUUCAAGGGCCUCGCGGCCUCCGGCUCCUGGGGCUGCUUUGACGAAUUCAACCGACUCGUCCCCGCCGUCCUCAGCGUCUGCUCAGUCCAGUUCAAAGCCGUUGUCGACGCCAUCAAAGCCGGACAAACGCGCUUCGUCCUCCAGGGCGACGAAAUUGCCCUCGACCCCGCCUGCGGCGUCUUCAUCACGAUGAAUCCAGGUUACCUGGGUCGUUCGGAGCUGCCUGAGGGGCUGAAGGCGCUCUUCCGACCCAUAACGGUAAUGGUGCCCGACUUGGAGUUGAUUUGCGAAAACAUGCUCAUGGCGGAGGGUUUUGUGGAGGCGAAGCAGCUCGCGCGGAAGUUCACGAGGCUCUACGCGCUCUGUCGGGAUCUUCUGUCAAACGCCGCGCACUACGACUGGGGUCUGCGCGCCAUCAAAUCCGUCCUCGUGGUUGCUGGCGCCUUCAAGCGCGCAGAGCCCGAGCUGCCUGAACAGGCGCUUCUCAUGCGCGCGCUCAGAGACACAAACAUUGCAAAAAUCGUCGCAGACGACCUCAAAAUCUUCUCAGGGCUCCUCGCGGAUCUCUUUCCCGGCAUCGAUCCGCCGCCGCUGCGGGACUUGGACUUUGAAGCAGUGAUCGAUGCGACGUGCGUGGAGGCAGGCCUGGAGCCGAAUCCGGAGUUCGUGUUGAAAGUCGUGCAGCUGCAGGAGCUUCUCAAAAUCCGCCACUGCGUCUUCGUGAUGGGGCCAGCGGGGUCGGGGAAGAGCUCCGUCUGGAAGAUCCUCGCCCGCGCCCAGGACCGCGUAGGCAGCCGCACUACCUGGGUUGACAUCAAUCCGAAGGCCGUGACCCCCAACGAACUCUACGGCUACGUGAAGAUGAGCACGCGCGAGUGGAAGGACGGUCUGCUGUCAAAGACGAUGCGAAGUUUGGGCCAGAUUCAAGACACGGCCCCGAAGUGGAUUCUGCUCGACGGAGACCUCGACGCGAACUGGAUCGAGUCGAUGAACUCCGUCAUGGACGACAACAAAAUCCUCACGCUCGCCAGCAACGAGCGCAUUCCGCUGCGGCCGCACAUGCGAAUGAUCUUCGAGAUCCGCGACCUCAACUUCGCAACGCCAGCCACCGUCUCGCGCGCAGGCAUCCUCUUUAUCAGCGACACUUCAGGUCACCAGUGGCGGAGCUACGCGCAGAGUUGGUUGAGGCGGGCGGCGUGGAGUGAGGAGGUGAAGGCGCAGUUGGCGAAGUUGUUUGAGAAGUACUGUCCUUCGACGCUAGAGUACCUGCACCGGCAGUGCAAGCUGAGUGUGCCGGUUGUGAGCAUUUCAGUCGUAGCGUCGCUGUGUGCGAUGCUGGAGGGCACGCUCGGCGAAGAGCCGCAGGCGCUGGAGUAUGCCUUCGUCUUCUGCUUCAUCUGGGCCUGCGGCGGCUGCCUGCACGAGAAGGAUGGCGUGGACUACCGCCGGCAGUUCAACACGUGGUGGCGGCACACGUGGCAGACGAUCAAGUUCCCCAGUCGCGGCACGGUCUUCGACUAUUACGUCGAUCAAGCCAAGCUGGAGGCCUGGGAGCAGCGCGUGCCUGAGACCGACUUCGACGCCGAGAAACCCGCCGCGGAUAUCACGGUGGCAACCCCCGAGACUGUCGCCAUGCUGCACUUCGUUGACGCGCUGCUCAAAAUGCACACCCCCGUCAUGCUCAUCGGCCUCGCCGGAUGCGGAAAAACGCAGCUCUGUAAGGGCCGCCUUCGAACCCUCGACAAGGAGACAUACGUGAGCUGCGCAAUCAACUUCAACUUCUACACUGACGCGGCCCUCCUACAAACCCUCCUCGAACAACCCCUAGAGAAAAAAGCCGGCAGGCAGUAUGGGCCCCCAGGAAAGCUGCGGCUGGUGUAUUUCCUGGACGACUUGAACAUGCCUCAGCUGGAUCCAUACAAUACGCAGACGGCGAUUGCGUUGCUGCGGCAGCAUCUCGACUACCAGCACUGGUAUGACCGCAGCAAGAUGCAGCUGAAGGAGAUCACCAACACGCAGUACCUCGCGUGCCUGAAUCCGACUGCGGGUUCCUUCACCAUCAACCCGCGCCUGCAGCGCCACUUCUGGACUCUCAGCGUGCCCUUCCCCGAGCAGACGUCGCUCUUCACCAUCUACAACACCAUUCUGGCCAAAUUCUUCGAGCAGAAAAACUUCCGCAAGGCAGUGCAAGAACAAAUCUCCUUCGUCGUCAAAGCCACGCUCUCCCUGCACUCGGAGGUUGUGCAUGCGUUUCGAAAAACUGCGGCGAACUUCCACUACGAGUUCAACAUGAGGCAUCUCAGCAGCGUCUUCCAAGGUCUCCUCGCCGCGACUCCUCAGCUCUAUCAGGAUGCAGAGAAGCUGGUGAUCAUGUGGGUUCACGAGUGCGAGAGGACGUAUGGAGACCGGCUGGUGAGCAACGCGGACUUUGGCAGGUAUAAGACGCUCGUCGCAGAUCUCUCCAAGAAAAUGUUUGGAAAAUUCAACGUCUCGAAGUUCUUCCAAGCCAAGCAGCCCGAGUCGAUCGUCUUUUGUCACUUCUCAAAGGGCUUCCAGGACCUGUGCUACGACAGAGUGAAGUCGAUGACGGAUCUCUCGCAGCUGCUGCAGGAGGCGCUGGCGGAGUACAACGACGUGAACCCCGUGAUGGACCUGGUACUGUUCGAGGAUGCGAUGAAGCACGUCUGCCGCAUCACUCGCAUCAUCAACAACUCUGGGCAUGCGCUCCUCAUCGGGAUCGGCGGCUCGGGCAAACAGUCGCUCUCCAGGCUCUCCGCCUUCAUCAGCUCGUGCGUGCCCUUCCAAGUGACGAUCUCCUCGAAAUACGACGUAAAGGAACUCAAAAAUGACAUCCGGUAUCUCUACAACCGCGCCGGCGUGAAGGACGAAGGUGUCAUGUUUCUCUUCAAUGAGGCUCAGAUUACAGAUGAGCACUUUCUGGUCUACAUCAACGAUUUGCUGGCCUCAGGCGACAUUGCCGACCUCUAUGAACCAGACGACAAGGAGCAGCUCCUCAACGCCAUGCGCCCCGCCGUGAAGGCCGCCGGCCUUCCUGAGACGAAGGACUCGCUGUGGGAGUUCUUCAUCUCGAGAAUUCGAAAAAACCUCCACAUGGCGCUCUGCUUCUCACCCGUUGGAGAAAAACUCAGAACCUGCGCACGGAAGUUUCCGGCGAUCGUGAACUGCACGACGAUUGACUGGUUUCAGCCGUGGCCUGCUGAGGCCCUGUACUCGGUCUCGGCAAAGUUCUUGGCUUCGCUGCCGCUCGGUGAAGACGAGGCCGUUCGCAAAGCCGUCGUUGAGUUCAUGCCGUUCGCCUUCUACGCGGUUAACGAAGCUGCGCAGGACUACCUCGAGAACGAGAAACGGUACGCCUACAUCACCCCGAAGACGUUCAUUGAGUCCAUCAAGCUCUACGGCUCGAUGCUCCACGAGAAGCUCGGCUCGCUGAAGAGCAAGAGCGACCGGCUGAGCUCGGGGCUUCACAAGCUUAUCGAUACCCGAGAGAAAGUCUCGGCGCUAGAGGAUGACUUGAAGGAGAAGACAGUCGUCGUCGAGGAGAAGAAGGCCGCCGCGGACGAGUUCGCACAGCGCGUCGGCGAGGAAAAAGCCAAGGUCACUGAGGAAUCCGAAAAAGCAAACUUGGAGGCGCAGACGUGUGCUGAAAUCCAGAAAAACGUCUCCGAACAAAGGGCUUCUUGCGAGGAGGACUUGGCGCGAGCUAUUCCGUUGGUGCAGCAGGCGGAGGCCGCGCUGAACACGUUGAACAAGAAAGACUUUCAGGAAGCCAAGUCGCUCAACAAGCCGCCGCCCGGAGUCGAGGAUAUCACCACUGCGGUCAUGCACCUUCUCGCUGGGGUCGAUCCCAACAUCGAGGUCGACAAGCAAGGAAAGCUGAAAGACAAGUCUUGGAAGGGCGCGCAGAAGAUGAUGAACAAUCCGGAGAAGUUUUUGCAGACGCUGAAGGACUUCAAGCAGAUCAUCGACGACGGCCGCGUGCCCGAGCACAACUUCAAGGCGGUGGAGCCUCUGCUCGCGCUGCCGCACUUCAAUCGCGAGGCGAUUCAGAAGAAGUCGACUGCGGCUGCAGGCCUCGCAGAGUGGGUGGUGAACAUUUACCAGUUUUACAAAGUCGUGGACUCCGUCGCCCCCAAGCGCCGCGCCCUCGAAGAGGCGACUCAGCAGCUCGAAGAAGCGAACGCGAAGCUCGCCGUCGUCCAGCAGCUCGUCAAGGAACUCGAAGAAAAGCUGGACAAGCUUGUUGCGGAGUACGACACGGCGAUCGCAGAGAAGAACGCAGUGGAGGCGGAGGCGAACAAAUGCAGGACGAAGCUCGACAUGGCGCAGCGUCUGAUGAACGCGCUGGGCUCUGAGGGGACGCGCUGGCAGCAGUUGAUUGAGAACUUCCAAGAAGAGCUUCGCGUCAUGGUGGGCGACGUCCUGUUGGCGUCGAGUUUCGUCGCGUACGCGGGCGUCUUCACGAAGAAGUACCGCGACUGGCUGAAGAACGAGAAAUUCACCGAAUUUCUCCGCAGCCGACAGGUGCCGAUGGCCGCCGAGCCGAACCCGCUCCUGCUCCUGACCACCGAGGCAGAAAUGGCGAUGUGGAAUAACCAAGGACUGCCCUCGGAUCAAGUCUCCUUCGAGAACGGGGCGAUCCUGUCGAACUCGCAGCGCUGGUGUCUCCUCGUCGAUCCGCAGCUGCAGGGCAGCACCUGGAUCAAGCACCGCGAGCAAAGCAACAACCUCCAAGUGACGCGCCUGCAGAAUCCGCGCUUAGUGCAGACGAUGGAGAGCGCGAUCUCGUUUGGCUUCAGCGUGCUCCUGGAGAACUUGGAUGAGACGAUUGAGGCGCUGCUCGCGCCGGUCGUCGGCCGGCAAACCAUCCGCAGAGGGCGCUCGCUGUACAUCAAACUCGGCGACAAAGAAAUCGCCUACAACACGAACUUCCGCCUCUUUCUCCAGACGCCGCUCUCGAACCCGCACUACCCCCCGGAGAUCCAGGCGGAGUGCACAGUCAUCAACUUCACGGUCACCGAAAAAGGCUUGGAAGACCAGCUGCUCGCUCUAACGAUUCAGAAGGAACACCCUGAUCUGUCGCGGAAGCGCGUGCUUCUCAUUCAGCAGCAGAACGAUUUCAAAAUCACUAUCGCGGAGCUUGAAAACACUUUACUCGACAAACUCGCUGCGGCAGAGGGCGACAUUUUGGAAGACACGGAGUUGAUUUUAAAUUUAGAGAAGACGAAGUCGAUCACUCUGGAAGUCUCCGCGAAGGUGGCGCUUGCGAAGAAGACCGGGGAGCGCCUCGACGUGAUCUCCGAGCAGUACCGCCCCGUCGCCCGUCGCGGCGCAGUUCUCUUUUUCCUUCUCUCUGAACUCUUCAAAAUCCACAGCUUUUACGUCUACUCCAUGGAGGCCUUCGUCUCAGUCAUCCAUCGCGCGGUUGACUCCGUCGCAAAGAAGUCUGCCGAAACCGCUGCUGAGCCCGAAGCAGAGGAGGACGUCGCCGCACAGGCAGCAGAGGCCGGCGCGGACUCGAGAGGCGAAACGCCGCACGAAGAAGGCGCAGACUCCGCGGAAGACAGAAAACCACGAAGGGAAAACCAGGAAGAAGGAGACGAAGACCGCGACAGUGAAGCGAGUUCUGAGGGGGAACAGGCAGACACGCCCGACGAGGCCUCUGAAGCACCUCAAGAUAAAGGCGAGGCGGUCGAGGGCGAAGCGCACAGCGGACCUACGGGGCAGUCGCGCGACCAGCGAAGUGAAGAAGAAGAAGAAGAAGACGAAGAAGAGGAGGAAGGCGACGUCGAAGCAGACUCAGGGGGCACGGGCGCAGCGCCAAAGAGGAAAAGACUAGUGAACAACGCAGAGACGGCGAGCAGCGAAGCGGCAGCCAAAGAAGCCGACAAACCCGAAGGCGCAGAGAACGUUAAAGGCGAAGAGACAGCCGAAGGGGGCGGAGACGCCUCUGCGAAGACCGAGAGCUCAGGCGGCGACAACCCGGCUGCGCGUCGGACUCGCCCGCAGUCUGCCGCCUCAGCGGCGCUCUCGGCUCCUUCGCCGCUGAUAAAAUCGGCGUCACGCAUCGGCGAGCCCGCCCGCGCGGCUCCAGCGACACCAGAGGAGGGCGACGGCGAGGCGGAUGGAAAGGGCGACGAAGACGACUUCCUCGUUGAAGACCUAGAUGGACGCGUGGCGGUGCUGGUCGACGUGAUCACCAAGUUCGUCUUCACCUACUGCAAUCGUGGCCUCUUCGAGAGACACAAGCUGACCUUCGCGGUGCUUCUCGCACUCCGCAUUCUGGUCGACGAGGGCAAAGUCGACGAGGCCGAGGCACAGCUGCUGAUUUACUCGCGCGUCGAUCCCUCCGCGCCGCCGAUGCCCGAGAGCGCCAAGACGUGGUUGACUGAAGCCCAGUGGGGAUGCUGCCGCAGCCUUGAGCAGAGUGCGACGUUUAAAAACAACUCGAUUUCGCUGCUUCAGAACCUCGAUCAGGACAGCCCCAGUUGGAAGCGGUGGUCUGCGGAGGAGAAGGCAGAGGUCGCGGAUUUGCCACGCAUGUUCCGCGGGCUCUCGCUGUUUCACCGUAUCUUGUUGCUUCGCUGCUUGCGUCCCGAUCGCAUCAUCUCGGCCUUGAAGGAGUUCGUGCUGCAGAGUCUGGGCUCGCACUUCAUCGACCCGCCGCUCUUCAACAUGCGCGACGCGUACCUCGAGUCAGACAAGACUACGCCGAUCUUCUUCGUGCUUUUCCCCGGCGUAGACCCCACGCCCGCCGUCGAACGCGUCGCAAAGUCCGUCGGGUGCACGACGGCAAACGGGAAGUUCGUGAACAUCUCCAUGGGGCAAGGUCAGGAGACGCUGGCGAUCCAGGCUGUGGAGAGAGCCGCGGCUGAGGGCGGCUGGGUGAUGCUUCAGAACGUCCACCUCAUGCAGGACUGGCUCAAGAUCCUCCAGCGCACGCUCGAGCAAGUCGCCGAGAGCGGCCAGAAGGACUUCCGGUGCGUGAUUUCCUCUGAGCCGCCUCCUCUGCCGGAAAUGAAAAUCAUUCCUGAACGCACGCUCCAGCGCAGCAUCAAAAUCGCCGACGAAGCGCCCCAAGACCUCAAGGCGAACCUCCGCCGCGCCUUUGGGCACUUCGACGCAGAGCAGUUCGAGUCGUGCUCCAAGAGCAAGGAGUUCAAGGCGCUUGUAUGCAACCUCUGUUUUUUCCACGCGGUGAUUCUGGGUCGGAAGAAGUUCGGCUUCUUGGGAUGGAGCAAGGUGUACUCGUUCAACGACGGCGACCUGACGAUCUGCGGCAACGUUUUGCGCAACUUUCUCGAAAAGAGUAGCGUCGUGCCCUACGAGGACAUCCGCUACAUCUUUGGGGAGAUCAUGUACGGGGGCCACAUCACCGACGCGUUUGACCGGCGCACCAACAACACGUACCUCAAAACGUUCAUCGUCCCUGAAGUCCUCUCGGGCAUGCAACUCGCGCCGAACUUGAAGUGCCCCGAUCCCACCAAGUUCGACUUCGCGGCCUACAGCAAAUACAUCGAAGAGAAGACGCCCGCGGAGACUCCGCAGAUGUUCGGGCUCCACCCCAACGCCGAGAUCGGGUACCUGAGCGCCCAGGGCGACUCGCUCUUCAGCAGCAUUCAGGACAUCCUCGGGACGGGCGGCGGCUCGCAGAAGGGGCAGCGCAAGGAGGACGUGGUGAAAGCGACUGUGGCGCAGCUGAUCGGGAGGCUGCCGCAACCGUUUGACUUGCCCAGCAUCAAAGCGAAGGUCAAGGAGUUCCAUCCCUUCGUCGUCGUCUGCCUCCAGGAGGUCGAGCGGAUGAACACGCUGCUGAGCGAGGUUCAUGCGUCGCUGGAGGAGACUGAGAAGGGCCUCGCGGGUCAGCUGAACAUCACAGAGGCGAUGGAGCAGUUUGCGACGUCGCUCUUUGCGCAGCACGUGCCCGAGACGUGGAAGAAGGUCGCCUAUUUGUCGAAUAAGACGCUCGCGCCGUGGGUGUUGGAUCUGCUGGAGCGCGUCAAGCAGCUCGAGGCGUGGACUGCAGACCUGACGCUUUUGCCCUCGCUGUGGAUCGCAGGGCUCUUCAACCCGAUGUCGUUUCUCACUGCCAUCACGCAAGUCAGGGCGCGCGCAGACAAUCUCCCCCUCGAUGACAUGUGCCUGCGCUGGGCGGUUUCCGCUACUCGGAAUCCGCGCGAGAUCCAGGGGCCCCCCGAGACCGGGGUGUACCUGCACGGCUUCCUCCUCGAGGGCGCGUCUUGGGACGAAGGAAAAGGCGUCGAAGGCAACCUCGUCGAGGCGCGCCCAAAGGAGCUUUUCUGUCCGCUCCCAGUCGUUCACGUCGCCGCCAUUCCAGCCAAAGAGUUCUCCUGGGACAACAUGUACGAGUGCCCAGUUUACAUCACCGCGCACAGAGGCCCGAGCUUCAUCUGCACGGCGAACCUCCGAAUGGACAUGGACGACACGCCGGAGCGAUGGGUACUCGCCGGUGUUGCGAUGCUGAUGGCUGAAGAAUGA